AUGCCUCCUCUGAUUUGUCUCUGAAAAUGUUUGAUGAUUUCCUCUCCUCUUUCUAAUAAGGUCAUAGUGAGUGUGAUUGGUGGCUGUGGGGAGCUCUUUCCCUCUCUCUCUCAGUCAGUUUUUUCAGUCUGUCUGGGGGAGUGGAGGUGAAGCUUGUUCUGCUGCUAAACUGAAGUGACUAUUUGCAGGUCAGAGGGACAUGGAUAAAUGUUUGGCCCUCAUUCUUCUGUCCACAAUCUCACUCACCAUAGCUGACAGUGUGAGGUUGGUGGAUGGUGACAGUGGCUGUGCUGGGAGAGUGGAGGUUCUUCAUAAUAAUCAUUGGGGAACAGUGUGUGAUGAUGACUGGGAUAUAAGAGAUGCUGCAGUGGUGUGUAGAGAGCUGAGCUGUGGAGAUGCUGUAAAUGUACUGAGUAGAGCUCACUUUGGACCAGGAUCAGGACCAAUCUGGAUGGAUGACGUGGGAUGUAAUGGAUCAGAGUCUACACUAAAGACCUGUAAAUCACCAGAUUGGGGUGAACAUAACUGUGGUCAUGGAGAAGAUGCUGGAGUCAUUUGUUCAGGAAGAAUUAAGCUGAUCGGUGGUUCUCGCUGCUCUGGGAGAGUGGAGGUGCUUCAUGGAGAGACCUGGUCCACAGUGUGUGAUGCUGACUUUGACCAGCAGGAUGCAGACUUUGUAUGUCGAGAGCUGCGCUGUGGACUUCCUGUGGAGGUGCUGGGAGCAGCUGCUUUUGGCAGAGGGGAGGGUCAUGUGCGGUCAGAGGAGCUUCAGUGUAGAGGCAACGAAUCUCAGAUUCACUUCUGUACAACAUCAUCUUCACUCAAAUACAACUGCUCCCAUGACAGUGAUGUGAGACUGGUGUGUGCUGACAGUGUGAGGUUGGUUGAUGGUAGCAGUCGCUGUGCUGGGAGAGUGGAGGUUCUUCAUAGAGGACAGUGGGGAACAGUGUGUGGUGAUGGCUGGGAUAUGAGAGAUGCUGCAGUGGUGUGUAGAGAGCUAGGCUGUGGACAUGCUGUAGAUGCACUGAGCGAUGCCCACUUUGGACCAGGAUCAGGACCAAUCUGGAUGAAUAAUGUGGACUGCAGUGGAUCAGAGACUACACUGAAGAACUGUAGAUCAAGAGGAUGGGGUAAACAUAACUGUGAUCAUUCUAAAGAUGCUGGAGUCGUCUGUUCAGGUGGGCUUUUCUGAAAUUCCGUAAC